GAAUACAAGGGAGGAGUCAGGCAAGGGAAAGAGAAGCUGGAUUUCCACAUUUCACCCUAUUCUCUUCGAAAAGCAUACUUAAUGUAAUACCAACAGUCCACGAGUUUUUGAAAACACAUGUUUUCUUAUUCAUACAGGUUUCAUAUCUGAUAUCGGGCAGGUAUGUAGGGAGGUUCGCGGUAUUAGCUCAGUGUUCGCUCUAUUCAGCAAACUGUGAAAAGAAGAAAGACGCGGAGAAGAAGGAAAAGUCUGGCAGAGCGGAGUUGGAGUUGCAACGGAGUCACAUAGUCACAUAGAAGCACAUCUGCAAACAAGCGAAAAAAAGACUUCACUUACGAGAAGACAAAAAAAGUUCAAGAAUUAUAGGAGGGGAAACAUCAUUCGAACACGUGUCCUGUCUCCAUGAGGUGCUGAGGAAUGAGCAGUCGCCAUGGAAACCCAGUCCCAGGCCAGUUCUGCAGCUGAGAAGAAGAAGAAGGUGGAGACCAUCGUGGCAACCAAGGGCUUGUCCACGUCCGCCGACAUCAGCGAGAAGGCUGUGGCCUCCAGCACGACAUCCAAUGAAGAUGAGCGAUUGGGCACGCUGUACCACCACCACCGCGAGAGGCGCAAUGCCAUCAGCACCCAGGCCUCCACGCCUGGCACCCCUGGCAGCAAGCUGGGUGAGGAGCCCUCCACGUCCACAGAAGAGCGCCCCCCACUGGUAAAGAAAGAGCUGCACAGCUCACUGCCCCACCUGGCGGACCACGGCCUGCCCUAUCGCGGAACACUGUUUGCCAUGGAUCCCCGCAACGGAUACCUGGAUUCCCACUACGAAAGAGUUACGACCAGCGGUGAGAGAAAAGAGCAGGCCGGGGGGCUGUGUAAAAUGGCUUCCUCUGGUACCAGGUGUGGGGAAUACGAGGUGUCCCUGAAGGCGCCUGCCGGUCGGCCCGGUCUCAUUUUGUCUGAUUGGCCCAUGAUCCAGGCUCCUAAUCCGCCGAUGGCCCCUUUGAACACGGAGCCCCAUGGCUCCACCACUCCACCACUGCUACCCCCAGAGGCUGGGAAGUGCGAAGAACAUUGA